CCUGGCAGAAACUUCUUCUGAGCUGGUAACAGUGUGAUCUUUUGAUUUGAAUUUCUUUGUUUCUGAGCUUUAAAAAUGUUUGAAAAAUUAAUUUUCUUUGCUCUUUUACCGCUUUUUGCAAUUGCAGCACCGUCUUCACAUUCAACUGUAACGGUCAAUCCGUCCGAGCUGUUUGCCGCUACAAACCAAGAUCAUCGCCUUACAUGUACAGUCCAAAAGUCAGGCCCAGCCCCCACACUUUAUUGGACUAAAGACCAUGGAAAACCACUGACGUCUGGUCUCAAGUAUUACAUCUCGUCGGUUAAAGAAAAUGGGGACCAUUGGGAAUUUUCACUGAUUAUACGUCAAGCACAACCAGAGGAUGCGGGAGAAUACACUUGCUACGUACGGGAAACAGGAGCAUCUUUUUCUGUGCAAUCUUACUUUCGCCCUGAGAAGGAGUGUACUAAAGGAUUCCGAUGCAUCAAAAGCGGGAAAUGCGUUUCUCAGGAUGUAAUCUGUGAUGGAGUGCCAGAUUGUACAGACUCUUCAGAUGAAAAGAACUGUGGGCAAGAGACGUCUCGGUGCCAGGAAAAUGAAUUUGUAUGUGCCAAUAAAAGGUGCAUACCGGCCGUCUGGCGAUGUGAUGGGCAGAACGACUGCAAAGACAAUUCAGACGAAGAAAAGUGUCCUACGGUGACUUGUGAUGCUAACCAUCGCAUGUGCCACAACAGCUCACAAUGUAUUCCUCUGAGAUGGUUCUGUGACGGAGACUCCGACUGCCACGAUAGUUCUGAUGAAUCUGAAGAAUUCUGCCGUUAUUUAGAGUGUCCAGUUGGGAACCAACACUGCAGUACCGAAGACCCCAACAAGUUCCGAUGCAUUCCAAACGAAUGGUUCUGUGAUGGAGAGGUCGACUGUCAUGGAGGCGGAGAUGAAACUGACUGUGACAGAGAAGAAAACAAUGCAACACCAAGUCCUUCCUCUUGCGGCUACAAUGAGUUCAUGUGUUCGAAUGUCAAGCAGUGCAUACCAUUAGCUGCUAGAUGCAACAAUUUACGGGAUUGUGUUGAUGGCACAGACGAAACACGCUGCACUCCUAAUCAACCAAUUACAUGUGGUGUUAAUCAGUUUAAAUGUACCAUUGGUGAAUGCAUACCAAAGCAAUUGACUUGCAACCAAGUGCGUGACUGUUCCAACGGAAAGGAUGAAGAAGGAUGCUCUUGCACAGAGAAAGAGUUUAGGUGCGAAUCCAGUGGUUCCUGUAUUCCGCACAUGUGGGUAUGUGACAAGGAGUCGGACUGCAGUGAUGGGAGUGAUGAGAACAAUCAAAUGUGUGACUCGAUAAAGGAUUUAACUUGUGAUGCAGAAACCCAUUUCCGAUGCACAAGUGGAACGUGUAUCGCCAGAGGUUGGCGAUGUGACGGAACGGAUGACUGUGCUGACGGCUCAGAUGAGUCUGAUUGUGACCCGCAUCCUUGCACUAUGAGUAACGGUGGGUGCGACCAGCAGUGUGAGGUUGUCUCGGCAACUAGCCAUCGCUGCACUUGUUUCCCUGGUUACAGUUUUGACGAAGAAACGCAAACAUGCAAUGAUAUCGACGAGUGUUUGAAAACUCCGUUUCCAUGUAUGUACGCAUGCAUGAACCUUCAGUCCACGUACAAGUGUGUCUGUCCAAACGACUACCACAUAACAGAGGACGGACGGACGUGUGUUCACGACAGUCCACGGCAGCCGGUGUUAAUUGUCGCAAACCGACGAUCUAUAAUGAAGCUUGACACGGCCACAAAGACUGUUACGACAUUGGUUGGUGGCACAACUGGUGCAAUUUCCGUCGAAGUUGACCUGUAUCAGCACGUGCUAUAUUACACAGAUGUGGCAGUUGAGAAAAUCAUAAGUGUGCAAUUGACAUCUGAUGAAGACUUCCAGAAGAAAGGUCGAUCAAGCGUGACGGUACUUAACGAUGGAAUUAUGACACCAGAUGGCAUUGCUAUCGACUGGAUCCAUCACCACUUCUAUUGGACUGACACCGGCACCAACACACUGGAGGUAGCCAGCAUGGAUGGAAGCCUCCGCAAGAUCUUGUUCAGUGACCUUGACGAGCCAAGAUCCAUCGUUUUGGAUCCAUCAGAUGGAAAUAUGUACUGGACUGACUGGGGCUUCAUACCUAGUAUCUCAAAGAGUGGAAUGGACGGUAGUGGGCGUCACACCAUAAUCACCGAAAACAUACACUGGCCAAAUGGUUUGACAAUUGACUACGAUGCGAGGAAGAUCUACUGGGCCGACGCCAAACUUGGUCGCAUUUCUUGUUCAGGCCUAGAGGGAGAAAACAUCCGUGUUAUCUUGGAGGGUGAAGAAUACUUGCCUCAUCCAUUCGGCUUAGCAGUGUUCGAUGACACACUCUAUUGGACAGACUGGGAUAAAGAGGGCGUCCUCUCCGUUGAUAAACAUACUGGAGGAAAUUUCCAAGUCAUCCAUAGUGGUCUUGGGUCGCCUAUGGGACUCGUUGUUGCCGAUCGGUCUCGUAUGUUCCGCAACAGUUCUAGCAAUGUUUGCGGCGUGUUGAACGGUGGAUGUAGUCACCUCUGUUUGCCCACAACUCGUACAUCGGACCCCACACUCCCGUUAUACAAAUGCGCCUGUCCGGUCGACUACUCAUUGAACGACGAUGGCAAGACGUGUACUAGUAUGUCAGCUACCUCUGACAUGGCCGAGAAUGCAGACUCUACCAAGCUUAUUAGCAUCAAGGGUCUGACGAAGGAUCUGAUCGAUCGCCAUGACCAGCAAUUUAAUAUGAGGUGCUACGUUGACGACGAAUCAAUAGAUUGCGUACCGGAGUACUCUUCCGAUUCGUUGUAUAUUGACGUCAGCGUAACCACACACACAUGCCAAGCACAAAAUCCAUUUACUGAACGUAAAGGUUCGAAGUAAAUUUUAUAAACCAAUGUCACUGAGUCAUCUUAAACGAAGGCGGCGAAAAGGUGUCGACACUAAAUGGGCCUGGUAGUCAAUAAUGACCUCAGAUAAUCGCUGUUUUGUUUUUUCCUUUAACUUUAACAUAUUUUCCAGGAGUAAGAUUAGUCAGUGAAUAUCCUUAUAACCGAUAAGAGAUACGGUACCGGUGAUAUUUUACAUUACGGUUUUUGUUUUUUGUAUUUUUUUUUUUGGUUUUUUUCCUUUUUUUGUAUUUUGUUUGUUAUUUUAUUUGUUUUUUUUUUGUUUUUCUUUUUUUUUUUUUUUGUUUUGUUUUUGCUUUUGCUUUUUGUUAAUCUAUAUAUUAUUUAGUUGAGCUUGUUCAUUAAAUACAAUAUUUCGUUAUGCCGCCCUCUAUCAUGUCGACGGAUGGAGGGCUACCCGCUUCUAUCAAAGUUUAGUUAUAAAUUCGUGAAACAACCGUUUUGUUUAAUGAUAUAGGCCUACCUGCUUUACAAUUAACUCGUUGGUAAGUAUUGUUUUGUAAUAAGUAAUAAAGAUUUAUUGACAAAAUCCAUUUACACCCCCACUGCCAAAAGGUAUCAUUCACGCAGGAGGCGAGAAACUUCGAUAUAACACGCAGAUCCAGUGUCACACCAAUUUAGGUUCCAUUGCAAAUAUAGGUUCCGAACGAACUCAUAUUUGUGAUUUUCCCAUGAAAACUGUGUAUUAUGACUUAGUUGGGGUGUGUGUGGGUGGGAUGAGUUCAGAAGAAUGCGGAUCCACCCUGCAAGGCAAUAACAAAGUUCACUGCAUAAUGAGAAAAUUACGCUGCAUAUUGUCCAUGUUACGCUUAGAAACUAGAUGCGUUGCUGUGGUUCCGGACAUCACAUACACCACACAUUUUCCUACAAGUCAUAAUACAUAAUUUCUUGGGACAACCAAAAGCUAAAUUAACCAUAAAACUUAAAUUUGCAAUGGAACCUAAUUUAGAAUGAUACCUGUCCGAAGAAUACCUUUAUUUGUUGUUCAGAGGAUAAUUUAUUCAGAUAAGAUUUAACACAAGUAAAGAAAGCCAAUACGAAAAUAUUGCAAUGAAACGAGUGUUGUGUCAUUGUGCUCCUCGUAUACGUAUGGCUAAAUAUUUAAAAAAAUGUAUUGUGUGUGAAUCAAACUAUCUGUUUUCCUAUAGGUAUUAAUACUAUGUAACUUUCCUUUGAAUCUCGUGUUUACCAUCCAUGACGUCAUGCGCAUAUAUUAUUUCUAAAAUCGUAUUUAACGUCAGCCGUCUAUUGUAUUUUUUUUUUCUAGACUUUAUUAAACUGUAUGCAUUUUUGCAACCAGCUGUUGUAUUUUAUUUGUUAAGCAAUUAGGAUAUAUUGCAUGAAAACACUGACACCGUAAGAGUAAUACCACUCAUUUAUCGAGUUGCUCUCAGGGGAUGGACGGAGACGAAAAGUACAUAAAAUAUCUAUAGGCAUUCAUAAAAAUUGCAAACUUAUAUACCGGUAGUCUUACAUAAAUGCGUACAAUGAAUACAAACUUAUAUAAAACCACUUUAUAAAAUUACAUAAGAUAUUUAUUUUUACAUGUCAUUAUUUGAAGUUUGUUAUACGUCAGUUAAACUUUACAUUAUACCACUCACAGUAUUAGCAGAAUAAAAGCGCUUGGUUUGAUA